AUGACUUCCAACAUCAAGUCCGUAGGCUACAUCGGCCUGGGGCUUGCUGGUGGCCCACUAGCCCAGAACGUCGCCAUGAAGGGAUUCAAAACCAUUGUCCGGGACGCGGACAAGGACAGACAGCGCAAAUUCGUUUCCGACAACAAAGACCUUCCCGUUGAGGAGGCAGCCGAUGGACCAGAUGCAUUCAAGGAUGUCGAUGUGCUGAUUACCAUGGUGCCCAAUGGACACAUCGUCCGCAAUAUUCUCCUCGGAGAUCACGGAAUCGCUCCCUACAUGAAGCCAGGCUGCGUCAUCGUGGAUACUUCUUCUUCAGACCCCUUCGGAACCCAGCAGCUGGGUGAAGAUCUGAAGAAGUAUAACCUGCGCCUUGUGGACUCGCCCGUCACUCAGGUCAGAAUGCACGGCAUCAAUGACGGCGAAGCAACUUUCAUGAUCGGAGGUGCUCAAGAGGACAUCGACUUCGCAAUGCCCGUUUUGAAGACCAUGUCCAGGUGGCGUUUUGUCAUGGGCCCUCUUGGCAGCGGUCAUGUCAUGAAAACAUUCAACAACUACAUCACGGCUGCCGGCAUUGCAGCUCUGAACGAUGCUUUCAUCGUCGGCCGCAAGAUGGGGUUGGAUCCGGCACUCAUUACCGAUGUCCUCAAUGUCGGGACUGGGCGCAACUACGGUACUGCGCAUUCCAUCCGUGCAGAGGGUCUGACCAGGACAUAUUCUAGCGGGUACGGGCUUGCCUUGUUGGUGAAGGACCUGGGUAUCAACCUUGACCUCUGUAAGAAAAUGGGCAUCGACACUCAGCUGGCAACCCAUAUGCACUCUCUAUUCAAUGAGGCUUUGGAGGAGCCAAAUGUGGAGAAAAGUGCGGACUACACCGAGUGUUUGAAGUUGUGGGAGAGGAAGGCCGGCUUGGAAUUGCCUACCGCAGUUGGGCUGGAGGAGUGUGAUGAGCCUCGCGACUUUGAAACUCCUUGA